AUGUCAGUGCUGUUACAACCGUGACUCUGACCGCUUGUUUCGUGUUAAGUUGUAACUUCUUAUUCACUCUUUUACUUCUGGAUUCUCUUGUCAUUUACGAAUAGAUAAAUCAAGUAUGAGAGAUGUGAUUACAAGUAUCAUACAAUGCAAUUACCUGUUGAUACUGGAGCUCCUCUAGACAUAGAAUUUAAAAUGUCCACAAUUACUGAAGGGACUUUAAAAGAAACGAUCAUUAACAAUGUAGAUGAAGCGUUUUCUGAUAAUAUCAAAAAUUGCGGCGAAAUCGAAAAAGACAAUACUACUGAUAUUGCUGAAAACAAUGAUAAGUUGCAAAAUUCAUUAUCUAGUCACAAAAUCGUGGAAAAUGACAUCAAAAUAAAUACUGCAGAGAGUAAAGAAAUUGAAAAAUGCACAUCCGAGGAAAUUUCUAUUGAUGAUUUUGAGAGCAAAGGUCAUAGUCCAAAAAGUAGUACAAAUGAACAAAAUAACUCCGAGGAUAUUGUUAAUGAAAAUAACGCAAUAAAUCAACAUCAAGAAUUGGAGUCGCAAAUUUUAUGUAACCAUAAUUCAGAAGAGAAAGAAAAUGUCAUCCAAACUGAUGGAACUGAAAAGUUAGUCAACGAUGAAAGUGAACAACAAUCAAACGUUGUCGUCCCAAAACUUGAAAUGAAAGAUCAGAUAAACGGUGAUGAUAUAAAAACUAAGAAUAACGAGAACACAAAUAAUGAUAGUAAAACAGACAACAAGGAGGUUACAUUAAAGGAAAAUGAGAUUAAAAAACAUGAAGGUGAACAAACAAAUAACGAUAGAAAAAAUUUGGACACUGAAAGUUUAAUCCCUGACAAUGUUAUUGAUCAAGUUCCUACUAUAGCUGAUGAAAAAAAGGAGCAAUCUCUUAAAGAUGUCACGGAAUCUCAAUCAGAAAAUACUGUAUCACCUAUCUCACCUAAAAUAGACAAAGAUGAGAAUAAUCCUAUAGAAUUAAAUAAUGCAGUUGAGUCUACUGUAGAAGACACUUCUAAGACAGAGAAUAGUACAAAAGAAAGCGAAAUAACGCAAGAAAGCAUAGCAUCAACUGCAACAGAUACUAAAAGUAGUAAAAUUGGAAUAGAAGAUGAAAAAAUAAAUGAAACUAAAACGCACAAUAGUACAGAUAACGAAGAAAACGUAGAGAGUAAAUUGGUUGAAGAAAAAUCGUCACUGAUACCUAAAUUAACAAAUAUUUUAGAUUUACUCUCUGACGAUGAAGAAGAGCGUCACGGGGACACGUUUAAUAAUGAAACGUCUAACGUUGACAAGCAGUGCAUAAGUCUUGUAGAUGAUGAUGAUGUUAUGUUAGUAGAUGAGGACAUAAAUGUUAAGGAAGAUGAAAAAAUCAGUAUUGACACAGAGAAUGUAAUUCCGGAAACGUGUGAUGAGAACGAUACUACAAAUCAAGAAGAGAAAGAUGAAAUAAUGGAUGCAAACCUAGAAACAGGUUACGAAGAAAUUGUAUACAAUUUAGAUAACAACGAAAUAGACAAUAAAAUAAAUGACAUAAGAGAAAACAGUUCUUCAAAACCUUUGUUGUCAUUAAACUUCCUAAGUGAUUGCAAAAAAGCGUUAGCAGAUAUGACACGAGAAGACUUGGAAGAUUUUUGUAGUUUGAAAAUUGUGGAAAGCGUUAUGGAUAGAAGUAAUUUAGGGGAUCUAAAAGUUCAGCUUAAAACUAUGGCGGCUACUAUUGAGGAAUAUAAAAAGAAGACUAAUUUAAUAGCUAAACAAAAUAGAGACCUACAAGUAGUAUUAAAAUCAGUACAAGAAGAACAAAAAAAUUCAUUAGGUACUACAGUAACUCCCUUGAAAAUAACUCGCUCAGUGGGUAUGCAAGUACUAAUGACAGAUAAACCCAAUGCAAAAAAGAAAAAUGCACAAAUGACAAAUUCAGGUGCAAUGCCAACUCAAACUUCGUAUGCAGAUAAAACAAACCGUAACUCUAGUGUUCAAAAACCCAUUCCCGUCCCAAGACUAGUACCUGCUUCUAAUACUAACAACAAAACGAGCACCGCUGCAGCAUCCAAUACUACUGAUCCUGGAAAGUCCCCACCGGUACCUCCAUUAGUUAAUGGUGUAACAAAUUCAUCCCCUGUAUCAAAGCCAGAAAAAAGAUCUAGAGUGCAAUCAGUAACAGUAGACUUGACAGAUGACGAACCUCCUUUUAAGGUAACUGCAAAGAGCUCACCCGCUCCAGGUGUGAGAUUGGUACCAGCACAGAAUUUAUUACCACCUCAGAGACCUCAAUUUGCACCAACAAUAACUAGUCCCAGGAAAGUGUACAUUCCAAUAAGUGGUCCACAAGCACAGAAUGUUAGAUCAGGGCAAGCCCUCGUAUUAAAAACGGUUCCAUCUUGCCCAGCAAUGAGGCCGAGAAUGCCUACAAACAAUAAUUUUAAUAAAAUACAGCCAAAUACCAUACGAAUGAACCGACCAAUGCCCCCAAUCAAACAUCCCGCACCAUUACCUGACGUUGUCAAACAAUACCAACCCAUAAGUUGGAAAAUAUUGCCGCCGCCGCCGGAGUUAAAGCUAUCGAAGGUCGAAAAUGGAAUUGUGAUCUCAUGGAAAAUUGAGGGAUAUAAAGAAGAAAUUCAUGAAAAAAUUGGUAGUUAUCAACUGUUUGCUUAUCAGGAAGCAAGUAAUCCACCCAGUACGGCGUUAUGGAAAAAAAUCGGCGACGUAAAAGCUUUACCCUUGCCUAUGGCAUGUACAUUAACUCAAUUUUUGCCAGGGUUUAAAUAUUACUUUGCUGUUAGAGCUAUUGAUAUAAAAUCGCGAUUUGGGCCAUUCAGUAUGCCUGCUAGUAUACUUCUCCUUAACAAAAUAUAAGACUGAUUUCUUUGAAAAUUGCUAUUAAUAAAAGCACAAUUUCUGCUCUAGCAGAUUAGUAGAAAUAUGUAUCGCAUCAGCAAUUUACAAUAAUCUGUACCAUUAUUUAUUGGCAUUUUUUUUUGUAAGGACAAGAUAUAAAAUACACAUAUUAAUAAAAACGAUUAGCUGUUGACCGUGA